AUGCCUUCCUUUUCAACAAGUCGUUCCCAUGUACCACCGUCAUUCACCAACCGCUCCACCCACCUCACCCCUCGCCCCUCGCGCCCAUACCCGUUUCUCGCGCAUCGCCACUGCCGUCUGGACCUCCAGCCCGACCCCCGCCGCCUGCAGCGUGUUGCGCGGAUGGCUGCUGUGUGUUCUCUCACCCACUCUCGCCCGUAUGGCGCUUGUGUCCCGCGCCUUCCCUGCGGCAUGAAGGCCCAGCCCCGUGGCGGACAGCCCUGCAGCGCUGGGCGCGCGGCGCGCUGUACCGCAAGAUGGUGUGCUCUCAGCGCGGGGGCUCGUGGCUUCGAGAAAUGGCGAGGGAGUCUUCAGAGAACGCCACGUGCUGCUCGUCGCUCGCAGCAUAUCACCAUAUCACCAUCUCCCAUUGCCUCACUUUCACCGUCCUGCCUCACUCACCUCUCCCGCACGCCAGCUUGCAACACUCCUUCCCACUUGCACCGACGCCCUCGUCCUGUUCAGCCACGCCACAAGCGCAGGGCCUUCCAACGUGCUGUUGCGUCGUGGUGCUCCGCCACCACCUCGCCUGCCAGGUCGACCUGCUGCCCGCCCUCGUCCUGCCACUCGCCACACUCGCCCCGCCACCACCACUCCCCUCCGUCCUCCUCCCGGCGCUCCUCUCGUCAACCACAUGUACCGGCUGCUACUUUGAAUGCUGCCUCCCCUGCAGCGGCGCCAUCGCCGGACCAUGCGGCUGCCUGCGUGGCUCGCCUCUCAUCUCCUGCUGCCUCAGCGCAGCAGCCUGUCCAGUCAGCUAGUGCAGCUGCCUCACCAGCAAGUGCAGAGCUGGCAGAUCAUGUCCGACGUGAAUGUGUCUGCUGUGUGCACAUCAACGGCAUGGCAUGGCUCGCUGACGUCAGCACGCCCUGCUGCCCCGCCAGCCUUGUGCCCCACCCCAUGUUCCUGGAACCACUGCUCUUCCAACCCACCAUCCACCAGGCACGCCGCUCCUUCCCCUCGCCUCCCAUCUCCAUUCAUUACACACGUCCCUUCAUUCCCUGCUGUGAUGACGCGGGGGUUGUACCGCAUAUCCCCAUGCCCCCGCCCUACCCGCCAGCACCUGCCAGUGCAGCCCCUUGGGUGCGUGGACGAGGUGCGGGGGCUGUCGGCAUGGCGCCUGCAUGCACAGCAGAGAGCCUGGAGAUGCCAGUAGCAGCAGUAGCAGCAGCGGACAGGGGCAGGGAGGGAUGGAGGGCAGUAGAGAGAGGCGUGCAGGGGUGGCAGUGGAGCACAUAG